GCGGGGUGGGGUGGGGGGGACGACGACUAUGUACACCGCACUGAACUUCUUGCAGGAAGGACAGGGUUAAACAUGUGCAGCAAUAGUGUGCUGGUUGCAUUGCAGCAACCAGUCUAUUGAGAAAGCUGCCUUCCCGCCCCUUUCCCGCCUCGGCAGCGUUUCUUUCUGCUCUCUCCACGUCCGGUGUCCGCCUUUUGAGGGGCGGGGAUGCCGCCGCUUGUCGCCGGGGCGGCGUGACUCGGAGGAGCCCGGAGGGAAGUCACGUUUCUACCGCGGCCACUUUCUGACUGGUCUACGUGUCAGUCGGUGGCGUGGAGGAAAAGGAUGGCUGCGGCAGCGGAGAAGGCGAAGCUGGCCCGGACGGCGGCCGAUCAGUGGCUGCUCUGGGAUAAGAAUCCCAAAACUUCAGAAAUGGUGAAGCAACUGAUUUCAAAAGGAAACACAGAAGAAUUUGAAAAAUGUUUUGGUUCACGAAUGGAAUUUGGGACUGCAGGACUCAGAGCAGCCAUGGGACCAGGAACAUCUCAGAUGAAUGAUUUGACGAUUAUCCAGACCACUCAGGGAUUCUGCAGGUACCUUGAAAAGAGCUUCUGUGAUCUUAAGGAAAGAGGAGUCGUAAUUGGUUUUGAUGCUCGGGCCCAUCCUUCCAGUGGAGGUAGCAGCAAAAGAUUUGCAAGGCUUGCUGCAACAACAUUCAUCAGUCAAGGUAUUCCUGUGUAUCUUUUUUCUGGUAUAACACCGACUCCUUUUGUGCCCUAUACAGUGACUCACCUGAAGCUUUCUGCUGGAAUUAUGAUUACUGCUUCCCACAACCCUAAACAAGACAAUGGAUACAAGGUUUAUUGGGAAAAUGGUGCUCAGAUAAUAUCACCUCAUGAUAAAGGAAUUGCUCAAGCAAUUGAAGAAAACCUAGAGCCAUGGCCUCAAGCUUGGGAUGACAGCCUGAUUGAUAAAAAUUCCCUUCUCCAUGACCCUUAUGCCUCUAUCAACAAGGACUAUUUUAAAGACAUACAGAGGCACUGCUUUCACAGGAAUAUAAACAAGGAGACAAAGCUGAAAUUUGUCCAUACUUCUGUGCACGGUGUAGGCCAUGAAUUUGUGCAGUCAGCCUUUAAGGCAUUUGACUUUAGUCCUCCAUAUGCUGUUCCUGAACAGAAGGAGCCUGAUCCAGAAUUUCCAACAGUAAAAUACCCAAAUCCUGAGGAGGGUAAAGGCGUUCUGACACUAUCUUUUGCUUUGGCUGAGAAAGAAGGAGCUCGAAUUGUUUUAGCCAAUGACCCAGAUGCGGAUCGGCUUGCUGUUGCAGAGAAACAAGAAAGUGGAGAAUGGAAAGUGUUUUCUGGCAACGAAUUGGGAGCACUACUUGGCUGGUGGAUCUUCAGUUGCUGGAAGAAGCAGAAUCAGGAUCCUGGAGCCAUUAAAGAGAUCUACAUGCUGUCUAGUACCGUCUCCUCCAAAAUCUUAAGAGCAAUUGCACUUAAAGAAGGCUUUCACUUUGAGGAAACAUUAACAGGAUUCAAAUGGAUGGGAAAUCGAGCCAAGCAGCUUAUAGACCAAGGAAAAACAGUCUUAUUUGCCUUUGAAGAAGCCAUUGGAUAUAUGUGCAGUCCUGUGGUCUUGGAUAAAGAUGGAGUCAGUGCUGCAGUCAUAACUGCAGAGAUGUCUGGUUUUUUGGCAACCAAGAACUUGUCUUUAUCUCAGCAGUUGAAAGCCAUUUACAAUGAUUAUGGCUACCAUGUUACCAAAGCUUCAUAUUUCAUCUGUCAUGAUCAGAAUACAAUUAAUGUGCUGUUUGAGAAGCUUAGAAAUUAUGAUGGGAAAAAUACUUAUCCAAAGACCUGUGGGAAAUUUACAGUUUCUGGAGUAAGAGAUCUAACCACUGGCUAUGAUAGUAACCAGCCUGAUAAAAAAGCUGUGCUUCCCACCAGUAAAAGCAGCCAAAUGAUAACAUUUACAUUUAAUAAUGGAGGUGUGGCUACCAUGCGAACCAGUGGAACGGAACCCAAAAUCAAAUACUACGCUGAGCUUUGUGUACCUCCUGGAAACAGUGAUUUUGAAAAGCUGAAGAAAGUACUGGAUGAACUGGCCAAUGCUAUUGAAAAACAUUUUUUUGAACCAGAGAAGAAUAUGCUUCAGCCCAAGCCAGAAUGAUCAAGCUAUCAUCAUCUCAGUCCGAACGUUUGUGUGUGUGUGUACACAAUGUUUUUUGUCAUGCAAAAUUGGAUAAUAUAUAUAAAGAGCAGCUGUUUUAUUAAAGAACCAAGACUUCACAAAUUUGGCUAUAAUUUAGCCUCGUUGAGAAGUAUUUGUUCAUGUUUCUUCUGUCGUGCAUACAGUUGUUUUCAGAGAGCGAAGAUGUCUUCCUGGGUGGAUGCUUCUUCAACUAACAAUUUAUUGGUGGAACUUAAUUUUGUUCACACUGGGAGCUUCCCAUGCCUUAGAACAAAAUGAAUUGCAGGAAGUGCUCGGAGGGAGCAAGAUAGAAAUUCCAUUUUACAAGUUGUUGUAUAACAUUCCAUUGCAUGAACUCUGUCACUUUUUCAAAUCAACUCCCAUCCCCCACCUAUCAUGCUUCCUGCUCUUGGAACUUUUUAAUAUCUUCACAACCAUCUGACCUUUUCUGUUGGUGCAUUUAAAAGUCUGUUAAAAAGUUGCCUCUUCACUCAGGCAUCCUCAAACUGAUCUAUCUCUUCUGUUUUUAAUGCUCUGCUUCUCUUUUCUUCCAUGUCUGAUCUCAAAUUGUGUGUGUGUGUGUCUGUACUGAUUUAUAUACAGUGCUUAACGAUGUGGUAGGUACUCUAGAAAUACUAAUAACUGAUAUAGGGAUCUGGUUUAAUGGAACUGGAUGCAAUAAAUCAGCAUUUCUGAGACAAUUCACAGUGCACAGGUUGCUUGUCAUAGUUCUGACUCUUGAGAUUGUAACAAAACAGUACAUCAUUCAAUAAUUGUGUACUUCAGUGGCAACACAUGUUUGUCUGGAUUUAGCUUUAAAAGAUGCACAUACCUGUAACUAUGGGAUGCUGCUAACCUGUUCAGGAAUUCUAGUAACAUGAGACAAUUAUUAAAUCAGUUUUCUCGUGUGCUUUGAUCAGAUCCUUUGUAAGUCAUUGGUUCUACAAGUGGUGGUCUAUGCAUUUUGCUCUGCCAGGUUGGAGUUUCAACCUACGAUAUAUCUUGUUGGAACCAAGUGAUAACUUCAGGAGAGCUGCUCCCUACAGUUUGAGCUGCUUGAAGUGUUCUGGUUCACUUAACAGUAUACUAACAUUUUUGUUGUACAAGAGAAAAUAUGAAAAUUAUGAAGUGCACAACUAUUUUAAGGAUAAUAUAUUAUUCAUUCUGUAAAAAUGACAACUUCCCUUCCUGAAAUCCUGGAGUUGUAAUUAGGACCCUAGGAUUUCAGGAAGGAAAAUCGUGAUAUUUACCAUUUAUUUCUUGACUUCUAACUUGAAUGACAAAUCAGGUGGAGCUUGUGCAGUUUUUCUUCAAUGGAACUAGAAAUUUUGGGACCCUGUUCUGAUAUUAAAACCAUGCAUGGAUGGCAAGUUAAAAACAUAACCUAUCCAUAACAGGUGUAGCAUCUGUGUACUUACUGUAAUUCACUUGAUUGCGUGUUGAGUAACUGUGUUGUCUUGCUUGAUAUGCCCCUGAAUUUCCCACUCAGUUGUAUUUGGAAGCCUGAAAUAUUGUAUAAUCCUUCAUUUAUUAAGUGCUGCAAAAUUAUUAAACACUGUCCAGUGCUUUAUACUAUC